GUCUUUGUUAACUAAUUUAAGCAGAGGUCUUCAGGAUUAAAACAUGUCCUGACAUGUACCUUCAAGCGAUUCGCUUGGUUACUAGCCGUUGCUUUCAAGACAACUUUAAAACUUUCGCGCUGAUGUAUGUGAGCUUAUUAUAUUCGCUAUCCAGUCAUCAUCAAGAGAGAUUGCAGCUACAGUAGUUAAACGUACCUUACCUCAGAAACAAAGGUAAGUAUAUAUUCCACUUCCUUAACUUCAUAAUCUAUCUCCGGUCAUUCUCUUCUACCCCAGUUGUUUAAAAAAUUGAUGUAGAGUAGUUUAAGGCUGGAAAAAGUGCGAUGAAGAGAGCUUGAAAGCCCACAUUUUCAAAAAUAUUCGCCGUACGAACACUAUGCCUUCAAGCAAAUGAAAUGGGAUGUGUGUCGAACGGAAGGAUCUCAAGUUAUGGCAUUUUGGCAAUAUUUCUUGGCACGUUUCUAAGCUUUUUAAGAAUCUGAAUACAGGAACAAUAUUUUUCCUAGUUGGAUGCCAUGUUAAAUUUCUUCUUACGCACACCGCGGGUGAACAUGUUAUCAAAUUUCACUGUAGUGCUUUAAGCGUUACAAAGAAUCAGGGGAAUAGGAUGGAUGUUCGUUGAAACCAGUCACGAACUGUAUUUACCGAAACAAGUAAAUGAAUGAACAAAACAUCUUACUUUAAAGAGUUCAGGCGUUUAAUUCUUCCAAUCAUCUAGGGUCGUCUAAUUUUUUUACUUAUUUGAGUGGUUUCCGUCCUCAUCAUGUCAUGAGUUGUCAUCGCGUCGACUCAGGAAUUUAAUAAUUUGUCAUACAUGAUUUAUGUGUCGUACUCUUUUUGGUACGGUACUCUAUUCGGCACUUUACAUGCCCCCAGUGCCCCGUGUGCUCCCCGUUAACAAAGCUGUCAGUUUUGGCCAAUCGGCGCGGAGCGGAAAUGAGCGUCAAAUGUAGACAAACUGAUAGAAACAGCGCGUGAAAGAUAAAUUUCCCAGGAGCGACCGAAGCCCUGAAAGUAUGGCCUCAGCGAAAAGACGAAACACAUCUCUUAAUCCCUUUGUGACAUUUUUCAGACCGUUACAACCCCAUUCUAGCAGUCACAACUGGGGAACAUAUGAGAAUUCCAGGUUCAACUCCGACGCUUUCGGUUAAAUAUAGAAAAUGCAGUCACGCGAAAAAAGCCGUGCACACGAAAUCAAGUCGCCUCUGAAUGAGUGAAGAAAUUUUCCAUACGGAGUUGAGUAGAAUUACAUUUUACGACUAUAUCAUAUAUCCUAAGCUUUAAUUAUAGUUAUAGAUAUGAAAUAAAUCUUAUUCGGAUAAUGUACACGGCUAAAUCAUAGAUUCUGCACAGCAAAGAAAAUUCUUUCCGGAUACUGGGCGCCUAACAUCAAUACUUAAUAAAUGUUUCUGGCCUCCGUUAUUCCAAACAAAUCGAAUUUCAAGAAGAAUUAAUAAAAUUUCUGACAACCUGACUUCUUUAAGUAUCUUCCCGUUAAAUAUAAAACAGUUUCUUUGAAAAUAUCACAUAUUAGCUACCCUUUUCUGAGCAGCACUAAUUUUACUGCGCAGUAAACAGCGUGAAUAUUAGCCAUGAAAAGUUUACUCACCUGAACAGAACGGCGUCUUCUGCGACUGUUUCGCAAGCUUUAAACUCGCCAAAACUUUCAUCUUAAGGCUGAAAUGUUCAGCGUUCAUUCGAAAUACUUCGUUUACCGUUUACUUCUUUUGUUUCUGAUCUUGCGACGAACUUGUAAUAUGCGCUCAAAUGAAAAUUAUAAAUCUUGUUACACAGUACUAGCUCAAGUUCGCUCUUCGAUUUGCCAGACCAAUCGGGAGCCGCUCGUGUGCACAGUUACAAUUUUCUCUGUAGUAUUUCACUAUAUACAGCUACAAAAACAUUUUCUCAGUCAAAUACAGCGCAAACUUUGUCAAUUUUUAAGGCUAGAAAAACAAACCGUGCACUGCGGCUUUGCGCAAACUGUAUGGUAUUCGAUAUUACAUGAUGUGUAAAUAGGAGCCAACCUUUCCUUCUAUGCACAUUUGGCACAUCUUUCCAGCGUAAGAUAUAAAACUAGUACAUGAAAUGAAAUUAAAGAACUUAUGAUGUCAAAUGACGUGAUUGUACCGUCAGUACUGAAUACAACUCCGAAAAAUAUGACAUGGAAUGAUCCGUGGGAGACGAAGCUAUUUUUAGAAGACAACAAGACGCUGUGGAAGCGUUUAUUUGGGCGUGGUUGUACUAAGCGUAUGCGAAGUUUGUUAUUUGUAUAAGGGAUAUGUGGGUAGUGCAGUGGUAUUGUAUAUUUGAGCGGUUCGUUGAGAUUUGUGAAGUAGUAGGCGUGGAGUUAUAUUGGAAGUUGAUUGCUAAGAUAAUGGGUGUAGUUUUUGAGGUAGUUGCUGGGUUUCAGCAUGGGGUUAUUUUUAUUGGAUGUUGGUAAUAGAGUCAAACUCUGUUAUUAAUAGUGGCACGCACGGAGGUGUUGAUAUAAAAUGUGUGUACUAAGUGACAUGUUUUACAAAGAAACUGUUUUCCAUCAAAUGAAGACUGCACAGUGAAAAUAUUUUGACACGAAUACUUACUUUGCCAAAAAUGUGAACUGAUCUCUUAUAAUAAAAGUAAUCGAUUACAAACACAACAUAUACAACAGGGACCAUUUCUUAUUUUAUUUUUAUACUGUGAUAUAUAGAUUUAGCCAGGGCUAAAAGCGAACCUCCUAUUAACUCGAAUUUAUAAUUUAAAUUAAACAAUAUACUUGUAUUCCCUAAAUCAGUUAACUUUAGAGCACAUUCAUGUGACUUUUGAGGGAAAGGCUAAGUGAUUUUAGGGAAAAAAAUAAUUUGCAAACAGUCCAAGCUAAGAGUGAACUUAAUCUUACAUCGAGUUGAUAGCCUUAUAUGUACACCCAAAAAAAUAGCAUAGCCAUAAUGGCUCUUGAUCACAGUAGAUUAGGCCUGGAAAACAAAUUCUUGGAAAACAAAUCAGGCCGGAUUUUUUACGUUCGACAAGUUUACUUUACAAAAUCUUGCCAACAAGUCUGGUGACGUGUAAACCAACGUUUAUAGUUUUUAUACAUCACAUCUGAGGUGAAACAGUAACAUGAGGCGCUGUUUUUAUCAUACAGACCUCGGACAGAAUGCAUUAUUUCACAAUUUUGCUAUACAAAUUGCACUUAUUCAAUAUUCAGGACGAUCGAAGCACGCGUGGGCUUUUAGCGAAACCGUUAACAAAAUUUCCAAAAUCACCUAUACGACUAGCCGGUUCUCACUUUUGACAAGCGCCAAAGUCGACCGAUUAAAUUAAGAUUAAUAGAGUUAUACGCUUCAACAUAAUAAAGAAGUUAUUAUGUUUAUUUUUUAUCUAAUGGUUUUAUAACGAUGUGUAAUCUUCAAAAACGUUUGAUACGCGUGGCAUUUUGACUACUCCUGCAAGCGAUGUUCAUGAGCGACUGAAAACAAACGGAACAGCGAUUAAAAUAGCAAAGAGACUACUAACAAUCAAUACUAAAAGGAAAAUAAUUCGGUGAAAAAUAUACAGAGACAACAAUUUUCAUUCAUGAAGACAACUAUUAAAGUGUCUCUGAAAAUCCUUGUUUAUGUUUUAAGCCGGCGUCCCGGUCUUUGCUUUUUUUAAAGAUGAACUCGAGGCAAGAAAAUCGCUCAAAGCUUUCUUUUACAGCCAGAAUUAUAAAUAAAUAGUCUUUGGAGCGUUUUCUUUCUAUUUGCGGUGAGAAAAUGUCUGAAGGCUUUUUAAAGUUCUAUAAGCUUAUAAUCAAACCUGAUACCCAGUCAGAUCAUUGUCUCAAAUCUUACAAACGUGCGUCGACUUCAUUAAAUUAGAUAUAAAAAACAAACAUCAAAUAAAAUAAUUACUCAGGCUUACCAUUCGAGAUGCACUGAAAACUAUCAAGUAAGGCCAGAAUCGCUUCAGACUUUUCAACCCUCUUACGCAUCAAGCAAGGUGAAAAACGAAAACGAUUCUAUCCGAAAUCGGAUUUCCGACUUAACAAGCGACGCAUUUCUCAACCAAAAACCCAGUAAACGAACUAGCCAUGAAUAACAGAAGACUCUUGAUAGCAGCUGAAUUUCAUUUUGUACAUUCAGUGGAGAAAGACAGUUAAAAACAUCACAAGUUGACACAAAACUCUGUCAGCUUCAGCUGUCAAAGUAAACAAGUUUCAAGAUGCGGCAUAAAUUUUCCGCAUGAACUCACCUGUUAAGUUUUGACCAAUCAGAGCAUAAAAAUUGAACGUAGAGCGUGACCAACGUGUGACCUUGGUGAGAAUUUUAAGCCGCCUUCGCCGUGUUUGCUAUUUUGCAAGAUGAACUCCAGGCAAGAAUAUCGCUCAAGGCUUUCUUUUUACAAACAAUAGGAUAACUUAACUAUUUUUCAGAACUUUUUCUUCUAGUCGCGGUCAGAAAAAGUCUAAAGAUUUUUUAAGUUCUUUACUAGGUCAGAUGAAUUGUCUCAAAUCUUACAAAUGAGCGUAAAAUAACAGCAUAAACAUGAAAAAAGAAAACACAUAAAAUGUAAUAAAAUUACUCAAGCUUACCGGUCGAGAUGCGGCACGGAAACCCAUCAAGUAAGGCCAGAAUCGUUUAAGACUUUUCGCAUAGUCCAGCAAGGCGAAGUAAGCUUACUAAGAGUAGCUUAUUUUUGAAAACGAUGAUUCCCGACUUCUUUUUGUGCUGCGGCACAUUUCUCAACCACAACCCAGUAAACAAGCCAGCCAAGAAUAACAAAAGAAUGUUGAUAGCUGCUGUAUUUCAUUUUGUAGAUCCAGUGAAAAAAGACAGGUAAAAACAUCAAAAGAUGACUCAAAACUCAGUCAGCUUCAGCUGUCAGUGAACAAGUCGCAGAUGCUGCAUAAAUUUUCCACUUGAAUCCGCUUCGCUAGCACGCCUAUUAAUUCUUAAUCUAUGCCUUUCUCUUCUUUCUCUUUCCCGUCGCUCUUCUCACAAGCAAAUAGUUUGAAUUCAAUCCGCUAUUGUUUGUUGCCAUAACAAUUUUUUCGAAACAGUUUACUAGAAACUGAGCACUACAGUCACAAAAUCCUUAUGCAAUGAAGUAGUUGAAGUAAACAUGUUUUUGAACGCGACGACAGCCACGCCAUUUCUCGCGCGAUUUCCCGCCAAGAAAGAGGCGGGUUGCACAAAUGCAUAGCGCGAUUUAUAACAUACUCCUGCCCCGGACGGGCUGACACCUGAUUCCCUUCCCUCCCCCGCAAAGAGUGUACAGGUGUACGCUACGUCAUAACCAAAUUUUCUCGGAUGGAUGGUUUACCAAAUUUUCUUACCCAUGGUGCCCCGCUGGCGCGCUUCGCGCGCCGGAGCUCCGCUAUAAUGCAAAAAUCUAUACCCCGCUCUGCCAAUUGAACAGUGUGUGCAUUUUAAGUUUAACCCGGGAUAACAUAAUUGAACAAUAUAUUAACACGUUCCUCGAAACGCCGCGGCCAAAUGUUAUCCAAACUGCUUCUUAUUGCUGCUUCGAAAAAUUUCGGAUCAAACCAUAUCCAAAUCGUUCCUCAUUGGAUUAUCUAAUCGACCUAACAAAAUCGACCAAUCAGUGACUUUUUAUACGCGUUGGAAAAAGAGGAAACCUUAGCUUAAAAUGGCUACAAGCCAACCGGUUGACGAGGAAGAGCUUCCCAAUUUUUCACUGGGGCUAGAAUUUUUAAACCCCAAAAAGGGAGCAAUUGAAAAUGAUGCAACCUUCAGUGAGUCCGAGAUGCAAACCAUCUUAGAAGAAAAGCACGCGGCAAGAACAAAACAACUAACAAAAUGGUCGAUAAACACAUUCAAAGGUAAAUAAAUUCCACUAUAAAUACAUUUCAUUUUAUUUAUAGCCGGCACAGAAACAGUAAACAUAGCAACAUGGCGGUUCAUAACAACUUUUGACCAGGGGAAAAGGCUGCCAUUAUCCUGACUUUGUCAGACUAUUCCACACUUCUACACAUCUGAGGAGUGUGGAACUUGGGAUGAGAAAGGAAAGUAGGGCUACUUCACACUUCCACACCUCUGACAAGUGUAGAACAAAGGAUGAAAAAGGAAAGUAGGGAUCUUGUGGCCAGCGCUGGACAUUUGUGGCGAGGCGAGAAAUAAAGCGGGAGAGCCGUACAGUAAAUCUACUCUUCUUGGAUUCAGACAUUCCUUUGAGAGGUAGCUAAAUAGACCUCCUUUUAACCGAGGCUUGAACCUGAACUCCGAUCCACGUUUCAAAAGAUCAACUGAGAUGCUAAAUGCGCAGAUUGUCCAUUUAAAGCGCCAAGGAAAGGAGAAUGUGAAGCACAAUUUAAAGAAGCUUAAAACUUCUCAAGCCAUUGCACUUACCAGCCCUCUUACCUUGCUUCAAAAUGUGUGGUUUCAUGUUAUCCUGUUCUUUUGUCGGAGAGGAAGAGAAGGCCAGAGGGAACUCAAAAGGUCAAGUUUCAAAUUUGAAGCUGAUGCCUCUGGAAGAAAGUUCGUCAUAAUGGCGCUCGAUGAAGCAACCAUAAAUCACCCUGGAGGACUUAGUGACGUCUCGAGCCAUGAAAAUUUGGCAAGGAUGUACGAAACCCCUGAAGAAAACGACGGUUACAAAGCCAUGAAGAUUUACCUGACGAAGUUAAACCCUAAAUGCGAUGCAUUUUUUCAAUAUCCAAAGAAGCACUGGAAAUACGAUGACGAAGUUUGGUACGAUACAAGACCAAUCGGUGUCAACAAACUCGACGGCAUGAUGAAGGACAUCAGCAGGGCAGCCGAACUGUCGAAAGCUAUACAAACCACAGCGUCAGGGCCACCGCAAUCACCUUGUGGUCAAACGCCGGCGUCCAAAAUCGCCAUAUUAUAG